AUGAGCUUGGCGGACGUCACCGCCAAUCUUCGCGCUCCCGUGGAGACCGCGACAGACAACAAGCCAAUCGUCAAGGUGCACGCUGUGGAGUGGGCCAAGAUCAUGGCGGGCGAGCCGGUGGAGAUCAAUCCCUCCAUCGGGCACGGCUACAAGGUGAUGUCCGUCAAGGAGUGGGCUGCCAGGUGGAAGCCCAACGAGGCAUAUCCCGAGUGCCUGGUGUGUGGGAGCCACAACACCAAGGAGCACCACUUCACACAGACAUGGUGCCGGGGCAAGAAGAAAUGGGAGAGCGAGACCCUGUGCCUGGACUGCCACAGCUUCACCAAGCGCUCCUACUGCGAUCCGGACUUCAAGACCCCAGAGGACUUUGAGAAGGAGCGCUGGCAGUCCAUGCGGGAGGAGUUCUGGGAUACAGAGCCACACUACGGAGGAGAUAGAGUGAUCUGGGAUGCGCUGCGAGCCGCGGCAGAGGCAGAUCUCCGCACAGCAAAGCUCAUCCUACAGAGUGCCGGUAUCGUGGUAGCCGCACCCGAUAUGACAACCUACUAUGAUGAGCGGGGGAGGAUGUAUGUCCUGCCCAAGUAUGUGCUCUCCCUUCCAACAAACAUCCUGCGCACAAGUUCCAUAAUGGGAAGCCGAAAAUCUGCCAAUGCAGUUGAACUGCCGCAGCUUACUGCCUCGGCCCUGUAG